AUGCUCUUGCCAUAUUCUUAUCACGAUAUCUACAUCCUGAGAGGCGACGAGGAGGACAGCAUGAAGCUCUUUUCCUCGCAGAACGGUGAAUCCUCGACGCCCAAAGAUGGGACAGAGGGAAAGAGAGGAUCGGACAGGAAGCAGGAAGUGGAUCGCUUUGGAUACUAUCAAAUGAUCAUGUUCGCGAUAAUCAGCCUGCCUCUGUUCUUGUCAGCAGGAUUCACGCUUGCCUACGUAUUCACAGCCGGCGAAGUUAAAUACAGGUGUGCGGUAUCAGAAUGCGAGAAUCCAUUGAAUACGAAGUUCGACGAGUCCUGGGUACCGGACUCUGUGCCGAACGUGUCGGAGAUGUCCAAGUGCAUCCGAUACGUCGUUCAGAAUCACACGGGGGCGUGCACAAAUCAGACUUUCACUAACGCUACCCAGAAAUGCGAUUCGUGGAUCUACGAUCCAUCGGAGAACACGGUACUCAGCGAGUGGGACCUCACCUGCCACAGCAAUCGAUGGAAACUCACGCUCGUGGGCACGAUAAAUAACGUUGGCCAAUUCGUCGGACUGAUCUUCGCUGGAUAUAUAUCGGACAAAUACGGAAGACGCACGAUACUGACGCUCACCACAUUCCUAAGCGGAAUCAGCGGCCUGAUACAUUCCUUCUCCGUGAAUUAUUGGAUGUUUCUCGUGUUCGAAUUUAUCGACGCGACUGUCGCGGCCGGUAUCUACAGCGCUGGAUUUAUUUUAGGGAUGGAAAUGGCAGGAGUAAACGGUAGAGUGCUAGCCAGCACGAUCAUCUGCUGUAUGUUCGCAGUGGGUGAGAUGCUACUCGGUUUGAUCGCGAUGUGGCUUAGAUCAUGGCGGAUGAUCCUUCGAAUGGUUUACGGUCCGGCAUUGCUCGCCAUCUUAUUGCCCGUCCUGAUCCCGGAAUCAGUCAGGUGGUUAUUGGCGAAUGGAAAACACGAAAAGGUGGAAAGUAUUUAUCGGAGAAUGGCGCGUAUUAACGGACUACAAAUCUCCGAGGAAGCCAUUGGAGCGUUCAAAGAAUUGAACAUGGUGAAAACAGAAAAGACGGAACAAUUGGUACAAGCCGAAAAGAAGUCACCAGCGAUGCAAGUUUUAAAUAGUUCGGUGAUGCUCACUCGGUUGCUGGCGUGCUCGUUUUGCUGGUUGACGAACACUUUCGUCUAUUAUGGAUUAUCGUUAAACUCGGUGGCUUUCGCUGGUGACAAAUACGUUAAUUUCAUACUAGUGGCCAUCGUCGAAAUCCCGGCUUACUUUCUGACCUGGUUCCUGACCGAUUACAUUGGUCGUAAAGCUACCCUUUCCUCGUCUUUCUUACUGAGCGGAGUGUUCUGUCUGGCUAUACAAUUCGUACCGACAGGUUCGCUGAGCUUUCUACCAUUGAUCUUGUACAUGGGCGGGAAAUGGUGUAUUACGAUGUCCUUCUCGACGAUUUACAUUUACACGACGGAGCUGUUCCCUACGAACUUGAGACACUCCCUUCUUGGAAUUUGCAGCAUGACUGGCCGCAUGGGGUCAAUAUUGUCACCGCAAACUCCUCUUUUGGCACAAAUAAUGCCGGAGCUGCCGUUGAUUCUGUUUGGAUGCAUGGCGUUAUCCGCGGGCCUGCUGUCUCUAUUCUUCCCGGAAACAUUGGGAACCAAACUUCCGGACACGGUGUGGGAGGCGGAGAAUAUCGGUAAAGUGCAGCAGAAACAGGAACUGCAGGAUUCGCCGUCUUAAGGGCGGUCGGAAGCAACGUGGCGCGUUAUAAAUCCCGAAAAGAACAAAACGCAAGAGACAAAUGGAAGAGAGUAGGGACAAAGGAAACCAAAAAAGGAAAAAGUGUGAAAAUCAACGAGACAGGGUUGAAACGAAUAAAAAACGAAACCGAAUUGAAAAAAAGAAGGAGAAGGUGGUGGUGAGAAACGUGCAGCAGCAAUGACUUUCAGAAGUUUUUCUUCUCCUGGUGCGAAGAAAAUCGGUCGUGACUAUUCGAUUCAUGGCUUGAAAGCUCGCGAGUGAAACGCGCGACGAAACUCCUAAAACGAAGGGAGCUUAAACGCACGCUGUUACACAGUACCCUCGUUUUCAAUGCAUUGAAAUCAACAGAGUUCGCUUGUGAUCAAUUUGCCAUAAAAUUGACUGGUCGCGAAACGAGUUGACGAGUCGUUGAUUAUAGAUGAAAUAGUCAAGGGGGAAAGAUAGUCUCCAGGGAGGAUUGGCAACAAUUUAUCAGACCUAGUCGAUAAUUCGCCAGCUCGUUUGUUCCUUUUUCGCUUGCGCAACCGAUAGAUAAGGCGCGCGAGAUCGUACCACUCCCGUUCGUGCAAUGUCCGUUUAAUUUUUAACGUGCUUAAUUAUGCCUCGUUGCUGCCAGUUAAGGCUAUCGUUUGACAUGUUGGUGUAUCUGUCGUCUAGACGUCUACAUAUGUACGAUGAGUUUUAUUAAAUACACACGAAUUAUGCGUGCAUUGUCCCAUGAUGCUUCUUCCAUUUAGGAGAGAAACCAUAAAUAUACUCAGGUAUUUUCACAGUAUUGCUGCAUCAUGUUCAUAAACACGUAUUAAUAAUUACGUCAGGCUCUUGUCUGUAUUUCUGAGUCAAGCAUUUUAGAAAUGUAUAUCGGCCAUCGUCGUUGUAUUUUAAGACGUGUAGAGCAUCGUGCCAUGAUAGUGCAUCGUUCAGAAGGACGAGAUAAUAGCGGUAAUUUAAUUUCAUGUAUAAAUAUAUAUAUACAUACAUAUGUAUAUGUGUGUGUAUGUAUAUAUUUACGCGAGGAUAUUAUUAUUCUAAACGAGUAUUCCGCCGGUGGAUACUUACGUAGCCGUGUACAAACCGUAGUAGUACAAUUGUUUCAUGGAAAUUAUAUAGGAGCACACGGUGGAUAGGCCACGAUGCUGUUUUAGAGAAUUACGAAGAGCAAUUGUAUUACGAACGAUGCUCGUGACGAUGGGAAUAUUUUGUCACGUUAUUUGCAAUAGUUCUUAUGAUGCUGAAUCUUUCGUGAGAGUAUUAUUAAUUUCGUUGCCACGUAGUAUUAACUGAAAUAUUAAUGUAAAUAUCCUCGACCAUGGUAGUUCCUCUCCAACGUGUUUUCAUCAACGAUAACUCAUAACCUGUAUAUAGAAUUGUUGAUGUCGUUAGAAGAUAUUUCCAUCGUGUCGCGAGUAGCGGAAUUUAACGACGCUUCACAGGCAAUCGUAUUUGUUAAGACGGAGUUAAGAAUAUUCGUACAUAGCAACGCAUCAUACGUGUACUAGACAUUAAUGUAACAAGUAAACGUAAUUCUGAUGAUAUAUAAGCAUUUACGAAAUCCUUUGGUUGUCGUUGAUUUUACCUUUGACGUUUGCAAGAGUUCCCUUGGCAUACUUUGAAACAAUAGCUUAGGAAACUUCUGCUUAAAUACUAAAACGUAGCACGCUGCAGUGUCUGACUGACGUUUCACUCAAAUUCAAACGAUUUUCAGCACCUGGUUCUUCCAAUUAUAAAUCAUGCUACAUUUUGUUUGUAUCUUUACAAUUCUGUUUAUUUGGUGAUUUUAGUAAAUCCUACGUAUUUGAAAUAUACGUAGAAGCUACAAGAGAAGAUGAAAACAUUAAUUAUUACUAAAAAUAUGACGA